AUGCAACUACAUCAUCAUGUUGAUCCCACUGAUGGGCUGUUCGUAGCUGCGCAGACCAUUCCAGGGAUGACUACUACAGGUAAGAUGCAACUACAUCAUCAUGUUGACCCCACUGAUGGGCUGUUCUUAGCUGCACAGACCAUUCCAGGGAUGACUACUACAGGUAAGAUGCAACUACAUUAUCAUGUUGACCCUACUGAUGGGCUGCUCGUAGCUGCACAGACCAUUCCAGGGAUGACUACCACAGGCUUCUCUGACUGGGGACGUUAUGCUGUUGCCUGUGCCUUGUAUAUUCUGAGUUCUUGUGAAAUACAUGACCGUUACCUAAGGAAAGCAGUUGGGUUCCCUAGAAAAACACAGAUGAACAAUUUGGCUUCUGCACUCCCAUCUGUUAAUAAGGAAGAAAAACUGAUGGAGAUUCUGACAAAGCAUUGUGAACAAAUUAGGAAGACUGGCAGUCUGGGAAUGGAGGUUCAAAGCUUAUCACUUCACACUCUUCAUUAUUCAAUGAUCCAAAAAUUACUGGAAGAAUCCCUGACAAAACACUUGUCAUAAAGGAUGAUGAGCAUAUGACAAUCAUUAGCUUUAUCUAAACCUUUAAUGUAACAACAAGUGGCAUUUAUAUGAAAGGAUUUUUGAUUAAUAUGGAUAACGUAGUUUAAA